CCCCCAUGCCAGCCGGGCCGCCCCAUAGAUAAAGAUCCCCUCUAGCGGUAUAUACGGUACAACUUAAUUGCGCCAUCACACCCGUGGGCCAUGUUACGGAGAUCCGCUUCAUUGGCCGAUCAUCUAGAAUGACCAUAUCUACACUCCCUCUGAAUGACGGACACCAGGUCCCUUGGAUGGCUUUCGGCACUGGUACUGCGCUCUUUGGCAAGGACGCCGCGGAGGCCAUCCGCCUUGCUAUCGACAAUGGCUUUACGCACCUCGAUGGUGCGCAAGUCUAUGCCAAUGAGGACACGUUGGGGGACGGGAUAUUAGCUUCUGGCAAGCCCAGAUCCGAGCUCUUCAUAACGACGAAGCUCGGAAAAAUGCAGCCUGGUGCAACUCCCAAGAGCGCACUCCAGGAGUCCUUGAGGCAGAUGAAAGUGGAUUAUGUCGAUUUAUACCUUAUCCACCAAGCCAGCAACCACGUCGGGAAGCUAAAGGAGGUUUGGAAAGGCAUGGAAGAGGCUCAGAAAGCGGGCCUCACCAAGUCCAUUGGAGUUUCUAACUUCACUGCUGACCACCUGAAGACUAUCCUGGAAAUUGCCACUAUACCACCUGCAGUUAACCAGGUCGAAGCUCAUCCAUAUGUAUGGAAAGCGUUGGAGCCGAAUCUUGCCAUUCACAAACAAUACAAAAUCGUCACGUCGUCAUAUGGUGGUUUGUCGCCUCUUUUUCGUGGAAAAGGUGGCCCACUAGACCCUGUGAUCGAGCAAAUCCGCGCUCGUUUGGAGAGCACUCGUGGCGCCCCUGUGUCGGAUGGUCAGGUGUUGAACAAAUGGCUUCAACAGAAAGGCGUUCUUGUGGUGACAACCUCCUCGAAAGCCGAACGUAUCAGGGAAUACCUUGACACCGAGAAUGUGCCGGAACUUACAGCCGGGGAGAUUGCGCUUAUAGACAAUGCUGGAGGAAAACUUCACCAAAGAUACUUCCCUGGCAACUGGCCGACCGAGUAAGUCAAUGAUUGUUGAGUUAGGACUUAGAAUAAUUUCCACCCAAUUCACUCCACGUGGUCACAAUUGUAGAUGUUCAGCGAGAUCUCACUUGUAGCCUAUAGAGUUGUAGGAGAGAGAGAAAAUAUCUAUGCCUUAGUUGUAGGGAGUUUUAACUAGAAGUGGAUCACGUGACUUUGAGCACAAUUGAAUCGACUUUCUGUUACUUUAAAU